AUGGGAUCAGAAGGACCUUCAGUUGUCACUGUCCAUGUUACUGGAUUUAAGAAAUUCCAUGGGGUUGCUGAGAACCCAACUGAGAAAAUUGUGACCAAUCUUAAUUCUUUCUUGGAAAAGCGAGGGUUGCCAAAAAAUCUUGUCCUCAGAAGCUGCACAGUUCUCGAAGCAGCAGGGCAGGGGGCACUUCCCACAUUAUAUAAUGUUUUAGAGUCUGCUAUUGCAGACAGAGGAAUUGGGUCCUCGGCGCAGGGACAAGUAAUUUGGAUCCACUUUGGGGUAAACAGUGGCGCAACAAGGUUUGCCCUUGAGAACCAAGCUGUUAAUGAGGCCACCUUCCGGUGUCCAGAUGAGCUAGGAUGGAAACCUCAGAGGGUCCCUAUUGUGCCCUCUGAUGGAAGCGUCUCCCGGACGAGAGUGACCACCCUGCCAGUGAAUGAAUUGACCAAGUCGCUCCGGAAGAUAGGCUACGAUGUGGUGCCUUCCGACGAUGCCGGUCGGUUUGUAUGCAACUAUGUGUACUACCACUCUCUUCGGUUCGCGGAGCAACACGGCAUCAAAUCUCUGUUCGUGCAUGUGCCCCUCUUCUUGACGAUCGACGAGGAGGUCCAGAUGCACUUUGCCGCUUCCCUCCUCGAAGUCCUCGCUUCCUCCUCCAACUAG